AUGGCUGUGGCAGAAAAGGACACCAAGCGAACAUGGACGUUGCGUGGCUUCUCAAAGGCCCUAGACAACAGACCCAUCGAAUUUUCGAGGCCGCCGCCUCCUCAACACAUCUGUGGCCUGUGCGGCGUGGUUUCUAUGGCGCCCGUGCUUCCCGGAUGUCUCCACACCUUCUGCGGCUCGUGCUAUCAACUCGUCAGCAGCGAAAGUCCUCCGAUGUGUCCUCGCGAUCAGACGACCAUAUACUUGACGAAUUUCGCAACUGCAAGCUCCUCUACGGAGAGGGCCAUCGUGAGAGAGUACGGCAUGCGAUGUCCUAACUUCCCUCACGGCUGUGCGUACGUGCUGAAGAGCGACAGCAACAUCGCUGAUCUCGAGGGUCACUACUCAGCAUGCGAGUAUCACGCGGUGUCCUGCCGGGUCUGCGGUACUUCAGUUGCUCGAGGCAAAAUCGUGGACCACUUGAUGGAUAGUUGCAAGACUGCGGCGGUAGACAGCGUGGAGGCGAUGGCGAAGAAAGUCGUCCUGGAUGACGUCGAGUGA